AGCAAAGACGAAACAAAAUAAAAUCCCACCAUCGCCACUACAAGGAAGAAGAAGAACAAAACACCGACAACAAGGGGAAGACGAAUCGAUCGAGGGAGAGAGAGAGAAUGGGGAAGGUGGUGUGUGUGACGGGAGCUUCAGGAUACAUAGCGUCGUGGGUGGUGAAGCUGCUUCUCCUUCGUGGCUACACCGUCAAGGCCUCUGUUCGAGACCCCAAUGACCCGAAAAAGACGGAACACUUGCUCUCACUAGAGGGUGCAAGUGAAAGACUCCACCUUUUCAAAGCAAACCUUUUGGAAGAAGGAUCCUUUGAUUCAGCCAUUGAUGGCUGCGAUGGUGUUUUCCACACAGCUUCUCCGUUUUACAACGAUGUCAAAGACCCGCAGGCUGAACUUAUCGAUCCCGCUGUGAAGGGAACGCUUAACGUGUUGAACUCGUGCGCGAAGACCUCUUCUGUCAAGCGAGUCGUCGUAACGUCUUCCAUGGCAGCGGUUGUUUGCAACGGAAAGCCUCGCACUCCGGAUGUAACAGUCGACGAGACUUGGUUUUCUGAUUCCGAGUUUUGCGAGGCGUCAAAGUUGUGGUACGUACUGUCGAAGACCUUGGCGGAAGAAGCUGCUUGGAAGUUCUGUAAAGAGAAAGGCAUUGACAUGGUCACCAUUAAUCCAGCAAUGGUGAUCGGUCCACUCCUACAGCCAACCCUCAACACCAGUGCCGCUGUAAUAGCGAACUUGAUGAACGGAUCGAAGACGUUCCCCAACUCAACUUUAGGAUGGGUGAACGUAAAAGAUGUGGCGAACUCGCAUAUCCUAGCCUUCGAGAACCCGUCAGCCGAUGGACGUUAUUGUCUGGUCGAGAGCGUCGCUCACUACUCCGAGAUUGUGAACAUUCUGCGUGAGCUCUACCCGAAUCUUCAACUCCCUGAAAAGUGUGCGGACGAGAAUCCCUACAUGCCGACGUACCAAGUUUCGAAGGAGAGAGUGAAGAGCCUCGGCAUUGAAUACAUAACCUUGAAGGUCAGCAUCAACGAGACUGUCGAGAGCUUGAAGGAGAAGGGCUUCGUCCACUUCUGAGGAAUUUCUACCGAAGAAAAUAAACAUUUCCAAUCUUACCGAAUAAUGAAUGAGAACUGGUGGACGUUUAAUGUGAUAUAAAGUCGGAUGGUUACAGAUCGGGUACCCGAGUUUUUCGCUAUAUCCUAUCUCGGUUUCACUCUCCUCCUAUUUUGCAGUCGGGUAUCCGAGUUUCCCGUUGUAUCAUUUAUGUACUCAUUUUCUCUUCAUCAAUAGGUUUGACGAUAAAAUCGAGUUUGUUAUGAUCAUAAGUCCUACAAAAUUUGAUC